AUGAGCUAUCAAGGUUUUGCUAUUACUGACACUUCUAAAUGGAGUGAUGCUAAGAAGAUUGAGUUCAAACCAAGAACUCUUGGUGGUAAAGAUGUUGAAGUCAAAGUUGAUCAUUGUGGGAUCUGUGGUAGUGAUAUCCAUACUGUUACUGGAGGUUGGGGUGGAACCGUUGUUCCUGUGAUCCCUGGUCAUGAAAUCAUUGGUACCGUUACUAAAGUUGGACCUGAAGUUACUUUACAUAAAGUUGGUGAUAGAGUUGGUGUUGGUGCUCAAAUUGAUUCAUGUUUUAACUGUGAUAGAUGUGCUAAUGGCCAUGAAAAUUACUGUGAACAUAGUUUAAGUACCUAUAACGAUGAAAAGGAUGGUGAAAUCAGUUAUGGUGGAUAUGCUAACUUCGUCACUGCUAAUGAACAUUUCGUUUUCAAUGUUCCAGAAAAAUUGGAUUCUGCUGAAUAUGCUCCAUUAUUCUGUGCUGGUUUAACUGUUUAUGCUCCAUUAAGAAACAACAUCAAAGCUGGUGAUCAUGUUGGUAUCGUUGGUAUUGGUGGUUUAGGUCAUUUAGCUAUUCAAUUUGCUAAAGCUUUAGGAGCUACUGUUUAUGCUUUAUCAAGAGGUGAGAAAAAGAAGCAAGAUGCCUUGAAAUUAGGUGCUGACUAUUAUAUCGAUACUACCGUUGAAAAUUGGUCUAAACCUUAUAAAUUCAAAUUAGACUUUGUGUUAUCAUGUGCCAACUCCAGUAAAGGGUUCACCAAUGAUUAUUUCGAAAUCUUGAAGGUUUUCGGUAAAUUGAACUCUGUUGGAUUACCAGAAGAACCAAUUCCAAUCUCUGCUUUAUCAUUCCUUGGUAACGGUGUUUCCUUUGGUGCCACUCAUUUAGGUAACAGAGAAGAAAUGUUGGAAAUGUUAGAUGUAGUUGUCAAACAUGAUGUUAAACCAUGGUGUGACUUAUUACCUAUUUCAGAAGAAAAUGUUAAGAAAGGUUUAGAAAGAACCGAAAGAGGUGAUGUUAAGUAUAGAAUCACUUUAACUAAUUUUGCUGAAGGAUUUAAGUAG